ACAAAAUAUAACAAAAUUUCACACAAAGGUCACAAAUGGCUGCACUUUACCUUCUCCUCCUCACUCUUCUCUUUGCCACUCUCCUCUAUCUCUACCUCAAACCCAGGUCCCAACCCCCACUUCCUCCAGGGCCAACGGGCUGGCCCAUCUUGGGGAACCUCCCCCAGCUCGGGACGAAGCCCCACCAGACCCUCUACCACCUUUCCCACGUCCAUGGGCCCCUCCUCCACCUCCGCUUCGGCCGCACCCCAACCAUCGUCGCCGCCUCCGCCGCCGUCGCUUCCUCCCUCCUCAAGACCCACGACGCCAACUUCGCGGGCCGGCCCCUCAGCUCCGGCCCAAAGAUCAUGGCCUACGACGGCCGCAGCGUCGCCUGGUCGCCCUACGGCGACCGGUGGCGCGCCAUCCGGAAGAUCUGCAACCUCAACCUCUUCUCCACCAAAGCCUUGGAUGGCUUCCGCUACAUACGUCAGAGCGAGGCGGCGGCGAUGGCGGCGGGCUUGGCGGCGGCGGCGGCGGUGGUGGAGGUCGGCCCGUGGCUUAAUGCGUGCACGGCGAACACGAUAUCGAGGGUGACGCUGGGAAGGAGGCUGUUCGCGGUGGAUGGAAGUGGAAGAGAGGAGGUGAAGGAGUUCAAGGACAUGUCGGUGGAGCUGACGAAGCUCGCCGGGGAGUUUGUGGUGGGAGACUUCGUGCCGGCGUUGAAGUGGGUGGAUGUGGGAGGGGUGGUGGGGAGGAUGAAGAGGUUGUCGCGGCAGUUCGACCAGUUCUUGGAGAAGAUCAUAAGGGAGCAUAAGGAAGAGAGCGGUCCAACCGAGCAGAAUGAGGACUUCUUGACUGUGCUCAUAAGGCUAAACGAGGAUGGUGAUGAGGAGGGUGGUAAGCUUACACACCAGGAGAUGAAAGGAAUUCUUUUGGAUAUGUUUGUCGCUGGCACUGACACCUCGACUAGCACCGUGGAGUGGGCCUUAGCAGAGCUGAUCCGCCACCCAGAUAUCCUCAAGAAGGCCCAGCAGGAACUGGACUCUGUCGUGGGCCGAAAUCGCCUUGUCUCCGAGCCAGACCUGGUCCACCUACCACUCCUGCAGGCAAUUGUCAAGGAAACAUUCCGCAUCCACCCAUCAACACCACUCUCCCUUCCCCGCAUCGCUGCCGACAAUUGUGAGAUCAACGGCUAUCAUAUCCCCAAAGGAGCUAAUCUCCUCGUCAACAUAUGGGCCAUCGGGCGAGACCCAGCUACAUGGGCCGAUCCGCUUGAAUUCAGGCCGAGCCGGUUCCUCCCCGGCGGCGGGCACGAGCACAUCGACAUUAAAGGCAAUGACUUUGAAAUCAUUCCAUUUGGUGCCGGCCGGAGGAUCUGUGCCGGAAUGAGUUUGGGCCUUCGGAUGGUCCAGCUCAUGCUUGCAACAAUGGUACAUGGAUUUGAUUGGGCCCUGCUAAUGGGCCAAGUGCCUGAAAAGCUGAACAUGGAGGAGGCGUUUGGGCUGACGUUGCAGAGGGCAGAGCCCCUGUCAUUGUGGCCUAAGCCAAGGCUAGCCCCUCAUGCGUAUACACCCGCUUGAUCUGAACCGUCCCUGGGUACAUCAAUGGCCAUUAUCUGUUUCUUCUCUCCAUGCCUCUAAUAGUAUUCCUAGUGUGAGUGCUGGAGCGGUCUUCUUUCUUCCUCUUUUUUUUCCCCCCUGCAAUCCUCGCAUCAUGUUUGUCACUUUAAAGAUAGCUUUUGUGAGCUCUCUAUUUUGCCUUUCGUCUUAAUUUUCUCUAUUUUUCUUUAUAAGAAUAAGAUGGAUGUACUGCCAAUCAUUUCUUAAGAUCCAUUUACCGGGGUCAAACGUCAA